AUGGUUAAACUUAUGGAUGGAUCAAUGUGGUCAGCUUUGGAGCAUUUUGGAUUCAAUUUAGAGCAUCAUUGGACUUUUGGAGCAAAUCGAGAUUUGGAAUUGUUGAAAAAAGUUUAUGAAAAAAAUCUGGAAAUUGGAGUCGACUAUAUAACUACAAAUACUUAUCAUUUUGGAAGUACUUUAGAGGAAAUUUCUGAACGGGAUAAAUAUGAGCAAUAUUUUGAGGUAGACAAUUUUUUCAAAAUUAUUGUAACGAAAAAAAUCCUGUUGUUCAUAGAAUGCUUGCCAUGUUUUGGAGCAACUUGCUAAGCCCUCAAAAAUUUUGGGAUCUGUUGGCACAUUUGCCACAUAUUUUCACGAUUGCUCAGAAUAUACUGGAGCAUUCGCAGAUCUUCCCAAUAUCCAACCAAAAUGCAAUCAAUAUUUUCGAACAAUUUUUGAGAAAUUUCAAAAUCUCUCGAAAAUUCGACAUUUGAUUAUUGAAACUAUUUCAACUCGAAUGGAAGUUUUAGAGAUUCUCAAAGUUCUCAAAGAUUUUCCAGAGUUCAAAAUAAUUUUUAGCUUUACUUUAGGAAAAGCUGGAAAUUUGCGACAUGGAGAGAAUUUAGCUGAGGUUUUGGAAGAUUUCAAAAACUGUGAGCAGGUUAUAGGAGUUGGGAUAAAUUGCACAGAUCCGAGCAAUAUUCUAGAAGGUUUACAAAAAAUUGGAUGUUUCCAAGGAGAAAUCUUCGUCUACCCAAACAUUGGAGAUAAUUCAUUCUUAGCAUCAGACAAGUGAGUUUUCCCCAUUCCUUCAAAAGAACUACACAGUUUUGUAUCUAGAAACCACGCGGAAUUUGUCUACGAUCGAGAUUUGGUGCAGAGUUGGAUUUUGGCUGGAGCCACAGUGAUUGGUGGAUGUUGUGGUGUGAAAUUCAAACAUCUUGAGCAACUCAAAAAUCUUAUUUGA